AUGACAGACUACGCAGUAAGAAAAAAACCACUUCCAAUAAACCGAAUGCAACAGCUUGAUGAGCAAUUAGUGAGAAUGAUUGCUAAAGUUUACCACGCCCUUAGAUUGGUAGAAGAAGUGGAGUUCCGAAAAUUUAUAGAAAUGUUAAAUCCUGGGUAUACGCUGCCGACCCGUAAGACUCUCUCUGAAAGUCUGCUUCCUAAGGUAUACAAUAAAGUUAUGGAAGCUGUUAAAAUGAAAAUAGCAAAAGCGGUAGCUAUUUGUAUAACAACUGACGCCUGGACAUCUAUUGUGAACGACGGGUACAUUGCUAUCACCGCGCAUUUCAUUGACACAGAAAUAAACAAACUCUGCACAGUUAUGAUAGGGUGUAUUGAAUUUGAGGAGAGGCACACUAGUGAAAAUCUUAAGAGCUUUCUAGAAGCUAAAUUCUUAGAAUGGAACAUACAUCGGAACGUCAAUGUGAUCGUUAGUGACAAUGCUGCAAAUGUGCAGGCUGCUGUUCGGCUAGGUGGCUGGCGCUCAUUAUCUUGCUAUACUCACACUAUCAAUUUAGUAGUGCAAUGA